GAUAGCUCCGAGCCCCUUUCCCUCGCUAGCCAUAGGGGUGGGGCGCUGAGGCCCCCAGCAGCCGCCCCCUCGGGCUCGCUCCUUCCUCCGCUCACGUUCCCCGCCCCCGGGAUUCCCCUCGCGGCCUCUCCCGCCCCCCAUGCGGGGCCGGUAUAAAGCGGGCGGAGCGCAGGCGGCGCUGCUCAUAGUCACUAUGCUGAGGCUGCCGGGGCUGCUCCUGCUGCUCAGCCUGGGCAGCGUCUGCUGCCCUCCGGGGGCCCUCUCCGCCCUGCCCCUGGCCUCCCGGCGGGGCCCCCCGGGGAGAGCUCAGCCCCGCCCCACCGCCCUCUACCAGACCCGCUACUUCCCCCAGAAGAUUGAUCAUUUUGGAUUUGAGCAAGAUCUUACAUUCCAACAGCGGUACCUAGUAGCAGAUCAGCAUUGGAGAAAAGACAAUGGAUCGAUUCUCUUCUACACUGGCAAUGAAGGCGAUAUCACCUGGUUUUGCAAUAAUACGGGUUUUAUGUGGGAUGUGGCAGAAGAGCUUAAUGCCAUGUUAAUAUUUGCUGAACACAGAUACUACGGAGAAUCCUUGCCCUUCGGAAAUAAGUCUUACAGCGAUUCCAAACACCUGAAUUACUUGACGUCGGAACAAGCUCUGGCAGACUUUGCGAUACUAGUUCAGCACUUAAAGGAGACAAUUCCAGGAGCCCUAAAUGCCCCUGUGAUUGCCAUAGGGGGUUCCUAUGGAGGGAUGCUUGCAGCCUGGUUUAGAAUGAAAUACCCUCAUGUGGUGGUUGGAGCUCUUGCAGCCUCUGCCCCAAUCUGGCAGUUUGAGGAUUUGGUACCCUGUGGCACUUUCUACAGUAUAGUGACAAAUGAUUUCAAAAAGAGCGGGCAGUGCUGCUCAGAGAGCAUCCUGAAUUCCUGGGGGGCCAUUAACCGCAUCUCCUCCACAGAUGAAGGUUUGAAGUGGCUUUCCAGCGCAUUUCACUUAUGCAGCCCAUUAAAAAGCAAGCAAGAUGCUGCUGUGUUGAAAGCUUGGCUAAUUGAAACAUGGGUAAAUUUGGCAAUGGUGAACUAUCCGUAUAAAGCUGAUUUCUUACAGCCCCUGCCAGCUUGGCCCAUUCAGGUAGUUUGCAAGUUCUUGAAGAAUCCCAAACUGCCAGACAAAUUAUUGCUACAGAAUGUUUUCCAGGCAGUAAAUGUCUACUACAACUACUCAGGAGCUGCAUCGUGCCUUAACACGUCUCAGAGUGCCACAAGAAAUCUUGGGCUGACGGGCUGGUACUAUCAGGCUUGCACAGAAAUGGUGAUGCCCAUGUGCACAGAUGGUGUCAAUGACAUGUUUGAGCCUAGGAAAUGGAACUUCCAUGUCUUCUCUGAAGAAUGCUUCAAACUGUGGAAAGUGAGGCCUCGCCCUUCCUGGAUUCCUUCUGUGUAUGGAGGGAAAAACAUCAGUUCACACAGUAACAUCAUCUUCAGCAAUGGCGGAUUGGACCCGUGGUCUGGAGGUGGAGUGACUCGGAACAUCACAGACUCUCUCAUUGCAAUUGUGAUCCCAGAAGGAGCUCAUCACUUGGACCUGCGUGCCAGCAAUCCCGGUGACCCCAAAUCUGUGCUGCAAGCCCGGGCCUUGGAAGUUCAGUACAUGAAGCAAUGGAUUGAAAAGUCCAGGCAUAAGCACUAAAGUGGUACUGUAAUAAUGGUGGUCAUUAUCUCCCAUUGGCUUUAAUGGGAGCAGGAUCAGGCCCUUAUUACAGAGUUCUGUUCAAAACGUUGUUCACCCCGCUUCCUCUCUUCCUUUACUAGCUGUUUGUCAGCACUGUGCCUUUCACUGGGGGGUAGAGGAGGUGGCUGUCAGUUGGAAGUCUGCUCCAGUAGCAAACCUCAAUCAAUAAAGUACAUGGAUUGAGUCACCCAUGGUGGCAUGCUUUCCUGUUCUGCUACUACCAAAUGCUGCAUUACAUCCUCUUUGCAACAUGCUUGCGUGGGGCCUGAUUCCUGCUAGGCCCCGUAUAUCCUCACAAAAUCAGUUUCCAAAGUUACUAGCGAAGUGUGUGCUUGACCAGACGCAGGGACCACUAAACUCCCUGGCAAAGCUCUCACUGAUUUCAACUGGCUCUCAAUGCAAGGGCUGCGUCUCAGCUGGUGUAAAUUGCCAGAGCUCCGACAGGAGCGCCCCAGCUGAGAUCUGCCCUAGAACUUGCCCCUAUCAACACAAACUGCACGUAUGCUGUCUUCUAUCAGACACAGACUAAUUAGUUAAUACUCUAACCCAGAGAGUGAAGCACCACAUCGGUUCAGUUGAGAAGUAUAGGGAGACCUGCUGAGUAUUGCCUCCUACAGGCAAACCCUUGUCUUUAGUGACUGCUUGCAAGUCUCUCCAAGCUUUCCAGGAGAACUUUUAUUGUUUCCAACCUCCAGUUAAAACUGAACCAUGAUAGGGAGCUGAGUUUUGGUGAUCCCUUGGCUUCAGACAGUUGUCACCUCUGUAUUGGAGAGUUACAUGGGGAUACAAACCAUUUUUAUAUGGUGAGGGGUGGAGGGAGGAGCAAUUAUUUUAGAGUAGGAACAAAACCACAUUGGGAUGUGAUUUCAUGGGCGGAAAGACUUUUUUUUUUAAGCAGAAUAGUAGGAAUCAGCUAAAUAUUUUCCUUGUUUUCAGCAGCGUCUUAACCAAGUUGUCAUAUACUGUAUGGUUGUUUCUAUUCUCCUCUGCACAGAACAAACAGGGCUGGCCCCUAAACACACAUUUGUUGAUUAAUUCUCUAAGUGAUUGGCUGUGCACAAUUUAUCACUUUUCUUCCUCCCGCACUGCUUCCCUUAGGUCCAUGGCUAGGAUAUCUGGUGCCGCCAAAGAGAAAGGUGGGUAUUUUCUUCCUUCUUGUUGCUUUCCCACAAACAUUUUAUUUGGUUUUUUUUUUUUUCAGAGCAUCACUGGGAAACUUCCUUUAAACUCUUCUACUGGAGAGAGAACCUGACACAGUACUCGUGCUAGCUAGAUCGUAUUAAGUGACAAAUAAUUGGGGCUGGACCUUGUUUUCUUUUCCUUUUCUGUAUAUUGAUGAGAUUCUGCAUAGUCUGGUUGCUGAUGGUGGUUCAAUAAAGGCCUUUUAAAAAUUGUUUGCAGGGCAAACUGUUCAGAACGCAGCUAAACUGUUCGGACACCAUUAACCCAAAGCGUGAGGCAGUGCUCAGCAGGGCAGGUGCACUAGAUGGCUUUCUGUAGGGCUUCCAUAAGAGACAAACUGCCCAAUUCAUGCAGACAGCAUAUUUGGCGUUAAUAAAUGGCUGAGAGAGUCCUCUCACUUUGCAGCCUUGGCUUUGUUCACACUGAAAGCCUCCUUCCAAAAGGCCCCCUUUCUAGGCGAACAGGACUAGAUAAUUUCAUUUCAGAAAGUCUCAACGCAACAAACGGACCCAAGGGUCUCUUAGAAUUCCAGUUUCAUUUGUAUUUAUCAGCCUAAAAUACAACAUUUCUUCUUACUCCAGGCUGCUUUUUACAUUCCCACGCAAUCCAGCAUUUUCUAGGAACAAAAUAGAUCUUAUUCCGAACCUUUAAUUUUUUUGAUACACUCCAGUACGUCUGGUUCUCUUCUUGACAGAGCUCUUGGCAUAUCCUUGCUUUUGCUCCAGUGUUCUAGGAAAGGUUGAUUUGAACAAGGAGGCCUUUAUGUUCAGGUUCAGCAGUCUGGACCUUUCACGCUCUGUCUUUAGCAAGUAAUCACUUUGGAGCCUAUAAAGAGUGAGACCAGAGAAGCAUCCUAGUGCAAGGGGAAGAGCUCUUUAGAACUGGACUAAAAUCUGUCAGUUAUUAGUAAUCUCCAUUCAAAUGGGUCAAUUUUCUAGCAUUAUGAUGUAAAUGUGUCCUUGUGUG